GCUAGACGACUCUAUCUGCAACACUGAUGUGAAAACAGCAAAACCUUCUGCGUGGAAAGAAAACAGCAUUUUAACGGGUUGGCAGCAGGAAGCCAUGGUCAACAGUGUCCCCCAGUGUCUGUCUUGUUUUAAACGUGGAGAAGUCGCUUAUUGUGGGGCGGAAAUACGAGUUGUGUAGCGCACAGCUAGCGUCUCUUUUGUAGCCCUCAUGUUUUUGUUUUUUCACUAACCAGCAGGAGAAAAUGAGAGGAUUAAACACGGACAAAGUCGAGUUGUCCAACUUAACGUAACAUCUGCUUGCCAGCUAUGUUUAGUUCAGCGGCUAAGAUGUCUGUGGAGGCGAGUGAUGUUCAGACUGAUGAAGACUAUGAGGAGCUGGUGGAGGAUGGCUUCUCUUUCUCUGCUGAUAUUCUGGAAAAGAGUACAAGGAGAAAGCGAUCUUCUGGCAAACCUCCUCCCUCUCCAAGGUCUCCAUACCUCUCCAGUAUGAAUGUGAACCCCAGAAGAGUAGCAGUGGCAGCCUGGAGACUUCCAAGGGCCUCCCUGGGGGACACCAGAGGGGACACACCUGGGGAGAGUGGUUCAGCUCGCCUCACAUCCCUCAGCAACGGCCAUGAUGCAUCCCAGACGCUGAGAUCAGAGUACGAUGUCACACCAGAGCUUCUUAAACAGACCUUGAGCAUGAAGAAACACAAACAUCUCAACUCUGGAUCCAAUGGGUUCACCUUCAGCACAGGUGACUACAAAGGAAAGGAGGACAUGUAUGAUGAGAUCAUUCGCCUCAAGAAGAGUCUCCAGGCGCAGAAGUCUGACAACCAGCAAAUGAGAGCCAAACUACGCCGCCUGGAGGAAGAUAACGCUAAAAGAGAGAAACAGAUAGAAGAACUGUUGGAUCCCACUAAAGGAUCUGAAUAUACUCGUAGUUUGGUGGAUAAGAAAAAAGAAGGGAGUGUGGUUCUCAAUGGGUUGAAACAAAGAAUCCUGAAGCUGGAGCAGCAGUGUAGAGAGAAAGAAAAUGCCUUAAGUAAACUACAAAGUGAGCUGAGAACCACCAACCUGGAGGAGCUGAAGAUCACAGUAGAAACCUACUUUGAAGAGAUCCAGAGGCUGAGGAUGCUUCUAGAAGCUGCAGAGAAAAGUAGCCGAGCAGAGAGUAAAUGCUCCCAGAGACAGCAGAAAGCUUUAAGCUCCGCGGUUCAUCGUCUUUCUGAGAACCUGAAGCAGGUCCAACAGGAGAAUACAGCGCUCAGAGAGGAGCUCAACACUGACAGUCCUGCAGGAGGAAUCAAAGGUUACAGAGAGUGGAGUAAACAGAGACUGUUGAGAAGGCUGUUGGAGGUGGAGAAGAGGCUGGAGGGCAGCAGAAAACACGCCCAGUCAGCAAAGAGCGGCGGACGGUUGGAUCGGGAGGUCCAGGCCACUCCCACUGAGAUUCUGGGCUUUACCAUGGCAACAGAGGCAGUGGUCUCUGUGGGAACAGUCACUGAGGAAGGGGAGGAGGUUUCUGAUCUGAGAGAACGCCUCAGCCAAUUGGAGAAGGAGAGGGUGGAGCUUGAAGAGAGACUGUCAAGUAAAGAUGAUGAGUUGAGACAGUUGAGGACAGAAAGAGAAGAACUGGAGAAAGAGACAGAACGGUGGAGAACUGAGCAGACAACAGAAUGGGAAAAGGAGAGAGAGCAGCACAAACAGGAGUUGGACCAGUUGUGGGUGAGGAUCCAAACUCUGGAAGAUGGAAGUAAACCGGCACAAGCUGAGCUCUGCUCUCUCUCUGGAACAUCACCAGAGGACAAGGACAGUCAGACUGGAGCAGGUCUAGAAGAGGGAGGAGAGAGGGACGCUGGAGGUAAAGAACAGGAGGGGGAAGGAGAUGAAGAGUUGGGUACAGAUGCUGAGCAGAAGGAAAAAGAGAAAGCAGCAUUGGUCAUCCAGACAAACUGGAGGGAGCACAGAAAUAGGGACAUUGUGAUGUUGCAGUCAGCAUUGAGGGGCCACCUCCUCAGAGAAUCACAGCUCAAGGACCUGCUGAAAGACACACAAAAUAAGGCUGUAGAAGCAACAACCCGCAGUGAUGUUGCGUCCUCCGUAGACGGGGAGGUGGAUAUGGUUGCCUUGACGAUGAUACAGUCUGCAUUCAGGGGACACUUGGCUCGCUGUAGUCUUGCAAUAGAGAGCUCAGGGUUCUCUGCGCCUUCUCUAAUGGCCAACAAUUUGCCCAUGCUCGUACCAAGAAGAGCUCGCUCAACACACACACCCAGCAGAACAGGUGCUGCAUCCUUCCAUAAAGAUGAUGAAAAGCAGGGUGAAGAAGAUCCCUGGCUCACCUCUAACACUCACUCCUCCAGGAUGACACCCAUAACAGACCAAACAGAGCUUCAUUGCACAGCUGAGUCUGGUGGCACCGCUGCAGUUGACUCGGAUGACUCUGAUGACAUAAUCGUGUCUCCAUCCCGUCCUCUAAGAAGCAGAGAAGUCUUAAUCUUAUAGACCUUCUGGGUUGUGUGUGUGUGUGUGUGCGUGUGUGUGUCUGUGUAAGUGUGAGGGAAGAAUGUCUGCUCAGAGCCUGUAUGUCAGAGACUUGCACAGUCAUACGUACCAAAUCAUUAUGGUUUGGGUUCUUACUGAACCUGCAAAUGAUAGCUGGGAUAUUCCAGUAUUCGUCAGGAUAACAUUGAACAUACACAAUAUUUGCUGUCUGCUGAUUGUCGCCUGUAUAAGCGCAUUUUGUUUCUACAGUAAUAACCAGAAUAUUCUGGCAAGUUGGGUGCAGGGUAUUUUAUGACAUAAAGUUAAGAGGCACAUAAACACCUCACUUUGAUCAUGCUCUUAUUUAGGAUAAUGUCAAAAUACAAUAUGUAGAUGCAGUGACGUGUUGACACGAGACUAUAGGAUAUUCUCUUUCAGCGUAGAAGAAAUCACUCACACAAACAUGAAAUGGACAUCGCCUUUAAUUCUAAGCUAUUAUUCUUGUGGUUUAUCAUUUCAGCCAAAUUUUAAUUAGUCUUAUGUUUUCUCAAUGAUUUUUUUGUUUGCCAAAAGUGCCUACUGCAUGAAUAUUCAAAUUCAAAUUGUUAAUAAAUGUAUUCAUUUCUCUUAACCCAACUGGCCCAAGUGAGCCACAUCACUAUAAAUUCCUCUGGACUUGGCAGGCUUGAAAUGAUUAAUGAAAUAUAUUUCUACACGACUGAUUUGUAACACUUAAAUGUCAUUACACUUAAUUUUGUCAUGUGUGCUUAAAUGAUGGCUGAUUCCGAGAUAUGAUUCUCAACCGAUGCACUAUUGAGUUAAACUGUGAAUAAAUUAUAGAUCAGUAUGCUGCAAUACUAAAACACACAGUCAGAACAGUGGAGGAUACAAAGGGAGUAUGUCUGAUGCAAAUAAUGUUUGUGCUCUGAACCAGACAAAUGAUAACCCAGAGGGAGGUCAAUAAAGAGAAUGGACGAGAGCAGUUUUCUCCACAUGAUGUGUGUAACUUAAUUUCUGAGACAUUUAAUAAAAUGCUGUUUUUAUAAUAAAA